CAACAUUUCUUUCAUAUAAUGGUCUUCACUUCAAACAGGAUAACAAAGGGUCGGAGAAGCUUCCGUGGACUUUUGCAAGUGCAAGCUGUUUCUAGAGGUUUGACAGUAAAGUUUGUUCUUCUGUUUGCUGAGAGAUAAUUGCAAACAGCACAUCAGUAUUCAGAUAUAGAGCAAUGGCCAUUAAUAUGGAGUCUGCCCUGCUAUUCAGAAGUCUAGAUUGCUUAGAUUUAGGAUCACUUCCUUGAAUGCUGUUUGAUUAAAGUCAACAAAUAGCUAGCAGCAAAACCUCACCAGAAUGACACCACCUCCAAUCAGCCUCAUCGAGGAUCUCUGUGAUAACGACAUUAAGAAGUUGACUCAGCUACUCAUACUUUCCCCCAUGACGGCUACCGACCCAGUCUGGCUCCAAGAGCAGUCUAAAUCCAUCGACACACUGCCACCAAAACUCAAAAGGCCCGAGUCUUUCCUUCCCCGACUUGCAAUGUCCCUCCCGUUCGGCAAAGAAAAAGCCCAUCUCUGCCUAUCCCACAAACCCCUUAACCCUCAUCUAAUCCGUCGCAUCUUCCUACAAGUAUCUGCAGAAUGCACCACGCGGAUCGCACGUCUUGUCUCGAACCAGUACUUACCCCCAGAUAUAGCAGUCCAUGUCAAGACUUUGCAAAAAGUCAACAGCCUCUGGAUGUCAGCAGACUUGUACCGCUGCACGUUCCAAUGCCAGCCGCAUGAAGAGCGCUUCGACCGUAUCGCCUCGGACUGCGAGGCGUGUAUUCUUGCCGCUGUGGGCGGCAACAUCAGCAUCUUGCAGGACUUACGAGCUUCAAUGAUAGGACGAAAAAAGAAGAGAGGGACUCCUCCGAGACUCUUGCCGUUAGUCGAGAGUUGGAUCAUGUGCACGGGUGCGGAGGCGAUGGUCCGCGAACAGAGUGAUAACCUUGCAGUGGAGAUCAGGAACUGUAGAAGACAGAUGCAGGAGGCGAGGAGGCAGAAGAGGAGGAAUGAGAAAGAGGGGAUUCUGGAUCCUCCUCCACCUGAGAUGUCUUCGACGACACCUCGGGCCGUCGAAGACCCCUUCGCAGACGUAAUGCAUCUCAUUGGUGUGCCAUUUUCGAAUCAGAACAAGGCUGCGCAGGAUUUCAAUAACCCUUUCGCUGACCCAGAACAUGGUUACGGGCGAUUCCAAGGAAAGGAGUCUUACGAGUACGAAGACCGUGACGAGCACGAGCACGAAAUCGAGCACGAAGGCUCCAUCAUCAAUUUCUACGCGCACCGCCUCUCCUCGGCUAAUCUCCACAACAACCAAAACAUCACCCAAGCCCAAAACGAAGCCAAAAUCCACCCCGCAUUCAAAGACUCCAUGGUCUUCCAAUUCCAGACCAACCCCAGCGCUUACAGCCUCCCAGCGCACAACCCAUUCGAGGAUGAUGAUGAUCAGGCAGCGAAUACUCUCCCCCCACGACCAGGCAAUCCAACCGCCUACGACGACCCGGAAUUCAACUCCAAUGGCGGCAGCGGGCCAACACAUCGCGGAGCAAGUUCUCGGCCUCGCCAGCCUCCUCCACUGGCCUACCUCAAUCGCGCGAAUGUGAAGCAGAUGAAGAAUUCGUGGAAGCGCGUUACGGGAUACUCAGAGAGUGUGUAUAGUCGGCCUGUGGACGAGUAUGAGUCUUUUGCGCAGCUGGACUCUGCAGCUAGGCCACCGGUACCGCAAAGGAAUGUGAGACGGGUUGAGGGUUCUGGGGACAUAAGUGCUGGCUUCUCGAAAUUGGCGCAAGGAGGGAGGAUUGAGGAGGAGGGGGGGUAUUUACCACCGCGAAGAGAGUGGAAGGGAGGUGAGGAGGGGAAGGGGAGUGGGGGUUGGAAUGGACGGGAUGGAGAUGGGGAUGAGAGGGGAAAGAGGGAUACGAAUUUUACGAGUUUUGGUGAUUUUAUCUAG